AUGUCAGCACUUGAUCAGCUACCCGACGAGCUCAUUCUAGAAAUCGUUGGGCAUCUGAAACCGAUCCCGGCCUAUGAGGCGAGAGAUUACCUGGGCCCAUGUGGACCACGCUUCGAGGGCAACGCGCGACGAACCGGUCAAAUUCUCAACAUCUGCCUAGUCUCGAAGAGAUUCUGGGGUUUGGCCGAACCGAUACUGUACUCAUCUCUACUCCUCUGUACUGCAGGAUGGCACUGCUACCACAGCUUGUUCUGUCUGAUCUCUGCGCUACUCCAUAAACCCGCGCGGGCGACACACAUCCGGUAUCUCGAACAAGUUCAAAGAAUCGUGUGGGCAGGAAAACACCCCAGACAGAGCCAGUGUUGCCAUAUACAAGGGUGGGUAGCAGAUUACACUGUUCUUGUACAGGUGGCAAAGGACUUUUGGCAAAACGGGUCACUUGACGAAUGGAUUCAAUGUCUUCGAUUCGAACCAGGAUAUGCUCUGUUCGCGUUGGUAGUCGCACUGUCGCCCAACGUCAGCCAUCUCGCACUCGACAACAACCAUUGGCGCGUACCGCUACUGACCCUUCUCUUUUUCGACCGAUCCGCGUGUCCUAUGAACGUAUCAUUCCAUGGCUUUCCCAAGCUCAAGCGACUCUGUUCGUUUGCGGAUAUGGACCGCCGCCAACAUGACCCCGUCUACGGCUCUAGUCAGUCACUGCGCUGGGACCUGCCGGCACUACGACACUACCAACACCAAGGAGCAUGGGCUAGGGGCCUCGUACCGUUCCGGAACCUUGCUACACUUCGCUUGGAGGACUGUCUGCUGUCCAUACAGAAAGUCGCACUUGUAGUACACGACUGUCCUUCACUUCAAAUCUUCGUGUGCGUCUGGUUUGAAGAGCCGUCUGCAUGGGAACGUCAUUGGUCAAGUCUCUUGUCUGCCUUGGGGGAUACAAGUAGCACGCUGCAGCAGUUGGAUCUCAGAUUCGGACGUGGUGACGAAGCCUACCCUGAUGAUUUGGAUUUUAUAGACCUCGACGGCCACGACUUUUUAGAAGUCGAGAGCAGAAGAACUAUACCGCAACCAGACGGCUACACAGACCUCUCCAAGCUAACGUCAUUAUCACUGAUGGACGUCAUGCUUUUCGGCGAGCCCGCGGGAACUCAAGCUCCCAACGCCAGGCCUAAGAGACCUAUAAGCUGCCUACUACCAUCGAACCUCGAGAGGCUCACCGUCGAAACCAACCAUAUCCUGUUGCAAGAUGACAGUCUUGCCCUUCAUGACCUGGCCGACGAUCUGUACCUGCUACCUGCGCUGAAGAUUGUGGAAAUACAGGCAGCUACGCAUAAAGUGCCAUUCGUAACCAGCAUGGAGAAGACAAUGGAUCUUACCGCGCGGUUCAAGGAGCGAGGAGUAGCGCUCAUACUACUACACCCAGUGGAAUAG